AUUACAUAAGGAAUGUUCUCGAUAGACAAAGGGAGGACAGCUCUUAGGUAACCCGUGGGCAGCUUUCCAAAUUCUGCCUUUUAGCAGGGCUGUAUAAAUACUAGAAGCAAAAACAACAGAAGUAGUGGCUGCAGGAAACGAUAACCAGCAUGGAGAUCCUGGGAGCAACUGCCGUGCUGUUGGUAAUCUGCGUACUUUUCCUGCUCCUAAAUACGAUACAAGUUACACGGCGCCAGGGCAAGGGCAAACUGCCCCCAGGACCCAUACCCAUACCCUUCCUGGGCAACUUUCUGCAGCUGAAAGGCAAAGAGAUCUUCAAAUCCCUUAUUGAGCUGAGUAAGAAGUACGGCCCAGUGUACACCAUCCAUUUGGGCAUGGAGCCAGUUGUGGUUUUGUGCAGCUGUGACAUUGUAAAAGAGGCUCUCAAUGAAAACGGAGAUGAAUUUGGCGCUCGUGGGUAUAUGCCGCUACUGGACAAGAUAUCCCAAGGAGGUCAUGGGGUUGUUGGUAGUAAUGGAGAACGCUGGAAACAGCUAAGAAGAUUUUCCCUGAUGACCUUGAGGAAUUUUGGGAUGGGAAAGAGAAGCAUAGAGGAAAGAAUCCAAGAGGAGGCUCAUUUCCUUACAAAAGAAUUCAAAAACACCAAAGGCAAGCCUGUGGAUCCAACAUUUUAUUUUAGCAAAGCUGUUUCCAAUGUAAUCUGCUCCAUUGUAUUUGGAGACAGGUUUGAAUAUGAAGAUACAGAAUACCUUAGACUCCUAAAUCUCAUAAAUCAAACUUUCAGAGGCUUCAGUUCAAUUUGGGGACAGUUGUACAAUAUAUUUCCAAAAGUCAUGGGUAAGCUACCGGGGCCCCACAACACAAUUUUCAAAAAUGUUGAUGGUCUUCAGGAGUUUAUUCUGAAGAGGAUCAAAAUGCACCAAGAGACUCUUGACCCUAGUUCUCCUAGAGAUUUUAUUGACUGUUUCCUCAUAAAAAUGCAACAGGAAAAGGAUGUGCCCCAGACUGAGUUUCACAUGGUGGGUGCUGUUAAUACCACUUUUGAUCUGUUUGGUGCUGGAACAGAAACUGUCAGCACAACACUGCGAUAUGGCCUGUUAAUUCUCCUCAAGCACCCAGAUAUUGAAGAGCGAAUCCAUAAAGAGAUCGAUAGCGUCAUUGGCAGGAAUCGUGCUCCAUGUAUCGAGGACCGUUCCCGCAUGCCAUACACAGAUGCUGUUAUCCAUGAGAUCCAGAGAUUCAUUGACAUUAUACCCAUGGGACUUCCCCACAAACUGACAUGCAACGUUAAGUUUCAGGGUUAUUGCAUUCCAAAGGGUACCACAGUAUAUCCAAUGCUCAGCUCUGUUCUGCAUGACCCAAAGCAGUUUAAAUACCCUGAUUUAUUCAAUCCUGGGCAUUUCAUAGAUGAAAAUGGAAAGUUUUGUAAGAACGAUGGAUUCAUGCCUUUUUCCUCAGGGAAGAGAAUAUGCGCUGGGGAGGGUCUGGCUCGGAUGGAGCUCUUUCUGUUUAUUUCAACCAUUCUACAGAAGUUUACCCUGAGGUCUCCAGUAGACACAGAGGACUUGGACCUUACACCUGAGUUGAGUGGCUUUGGGAAUGUUCCUCAUCCGUACAAGCUCUGCCUCAUUCCUCGCUAAUGUAUUGGAUUCAGUUUAAUUUGUGUCUCUCUAUCUUACAGUAGUUGGUACUGAAGGCUAUC